AUGGACAGGUGUUUCCUAAAACUGAGGGAUCCUGAAAGAGCUCGUGAUUCCCUGGAGUCUGAGAGUUAUACCAGGCGAGUCAUCCACCUCCAAUACAUACAACAAGGGGACUUCAAAAAAGUUUGUGGAAAGUGGAAUCAAAUUGUGUCUUUGUCAUACAUAUUUUAAGUAGUCCUGGAAUUAAACAGUGAAUUUAUUGUUGAGGUAAAGGAAUUAGACAUUGAAAAUGGCACCACAAAAUGGCAAACUGUCAGAAGACAGAAGCGAGAGUGGAUCAAGUUUGCUGCCGCCUGCAGAGAGGGAGAGGACAACUCCAAGAGGAACCCGAUUGCCAGAAUCCGAUCUGACUGUGAAGUGAACCAGAAGAUUACAUACCGCAUUUCCGGAGCAGGGAUCGACCGACCACCUUACGGGGUGUUCACCAUUAACCCUCGCACAGGAGAAAUUAACAUCACUUCAGUGGUGGACAGAGAGAUAACCCCACUUUUCCUGAUCUAUUGCCGGGCUCUAAAUUCACGGGGUGAAGACCUGGAAAGACCUCUGGAGCUCAGAGUCAAAGUGAUGGACAUAAAUGAUAACGCUCCAGUUUUUACACAAAAUGUGUACAUGGCCAGCAUUGAAGAAAACAGUGAAGCCAAUUCACUGGUGGUAAAGUUAAGUGCCACAGAUGCAGAUGAAGACAAUCAUCUGAAUUCCAAAAUUGCCUACAAGAUCAUCUCUCAAGAGCCUGCAGGUGCACCAAUGUUCAUUCUGAACAGAUACACUGGAGAAGUCCGCACGAUGUCCAAUUUCCUUGACAGAGAGCAACACAGUAUGUACAACCUGCUUGUGAGGGGCUCAGAUCGGGAUGGAGCUUCCGAUGGACUCUCUUCAGAAUGUGACUGCAGAAUCAAGGUUUUAGAUGUCAACGACAAUUUCCCUGUCUUGGAGAAGACUUCGUAUUCAGCAAGUAUUGAAGAAAAUUGUUUAACUUCAGAACUGAUACGACUGCAAGCAAUUGAUCUUGAUGAAGAAGGCACUGAUAAUUGGUUGGCAAAAUAUUCAAUUCUCUCUGGAAAUGAUGGUGAAUGGUUUGACAUUCAAACAGACCCAAAGACGAAUGAAGGCAUUUUGAAAGUCGUCAAGAUGCUGGAUUACGAACAAGUACCUAAUAUUCAUCUUAGUAUUGGAGUUAAAAACCAAGCUGAUUUUCACCACUCAGUGGCUUCUCAAUUUCGAAUGCAGUCCACUCCUGUGAGAAUUCAGGUUGUUAAUGUGAGAGAAGGACCCAUAUUUCAUCCAAGUUCUAUGACUUUCAGUGUGCGGGAAGCAAAAACAGGAGAUUCCUUAUCAAAUUAUGUGCUUGGCACAUAUACAGCCAUAGACCUGGACACAGGAAAUCCUGCUACAAACGUCAGGUAUAUCAUAGGGCACGAUGCAGGCAACUGGUUAAAAAUUGAUUCAAGGACUGGUGAGAUACAGUUUUCCAGGGAAUUUGAUAAGAAGUCAAAAUAUAUUACCAAUGGGAUAUACACAGCAGAGAUCCUGGCUAUAGAUGAUGGUUCUGGGAAAACAGCUACAGGAACCAUCUGUAUCGAGGUUCCUGAUGUCAAUGAUUACUGCCCUGUAAUUUUUUCGGAAAGCAGAUAUGUCUGCACCACUUCUGCAUCGGUCAUCAUUUACGUUAGGGAUCAUUCUUAUGGUUCGCCCUUCACCUUCUGUGUUGUUGAUGAGCCGCCGGGAACAGCUGACUUGUGGGAUAUCAGAUCAGUAAAUGGUACCUCUGCGAUCCUUACAACUGAGCAGUUUGUAUCUCCGGGACCUGUCCAAAUCCCAAUCCUGGUUAAGGACAGCUUUAACAGAGCGUGUGAAUUGCCGCAAUACAUACAGUUACAGGCCUGCGAUUGUGACAACAACCUGUGUGUGUUCUCUAGCACCACAGGCAUCUACACUGAGGACAUCAGCUUAGUCACCAAUGAUAUGGAUGGGUCUGACUCUGAUGACCGGAUAGGGGCUUCCAAUGUUGGUAUGGGACCAGCGGGAAUUGGCAUGAUGGCUGUGGGCGCCUUACUACUGUUGUGUUCACCACUCUUGCUGCUUAUGUGUUGCUGCAAACGAAGGCAGCCAGAAGGGCUGGGGACACAGUUUGCUCCUGUGCCGGAGGGGGGAGAAGGUGUGAUGCAGUCUUGGAGAAUAGAAGGGGCGCAUCCCGAGGACAGGGAUGUGUCAAAUGUAUGUGUUCCCAUGACAGCCUCUAACACCCAGGAUCGCAUUGAUUCUUCUGAGAUUUACAACAAUACCUAUGCAGGCGGAGGAACAGUUGAAGGGGGAGUAUCAGGAGUGGAACUCAAUACAGGUCUUGGGACAGCUGCUGGCCUGGUGGCUGGAGGGGCAGUGGGCACCACAAGGAAGAGGAGCUCCACCAUGGGAACUCUGCGGGAAUAUGCAGACACUGGCGUGAACAUGGCUUUUCUGGACAGCUACUUCACAGAGAAAGCAUAUGCCUAUGCGGAUGAAGAUGAAGGUCGGCCUGCAAAUGACUGCUUGCUCAUUUAUGACCAUGAAGGAGUAGGCUCUCCUGUAGGCUCUAUUGGUUGUUGCAGUUGGAUUGUGGAUGACUUAGAUGAAAGCUACAUAGAAACCUUAGAUCCAAAAUUUAGGACUCUUGCUGAGAUCUGUUUAGAUACAGAAAUUGAACCCUUUCCUUCCCAUCAGGCUUGCAUACCUAUCAGUACUGACCUUCCUUUGCUCGGACCAAAUUAUUUUGUUAAUGAAUCUUCAGGAAUGAGUCUCUCAGAGGCUGAAUUCCAAGCAGAAAUGGCAGCAUCUGAACCCAUGAUUCAUGGGGAUAUCAUAGUGACUGAGACUUACACUACUGCUGAUCCAUGUGUACAACCCACUACAAUUGUCUUUGAUCCUCAGCUUGCACCCAACGUGGUAGUAACUGAAACAGUAAUGGCACCUGUGUAUGAUGUCCAAGGGAAUAUCUGCGUACCUGCUGAGUUAGCCAACACACACAAUGUGUACUAUGCUGAGAGGGUAUUAUCUAGUCCUGGUGUGACUGAUGUGAGCAGUAAUAGCGUGGCUGAGGAUUGUAUGAGACCUGUAAUGAGUGGCAGUAUUUUGGUAGGGCCAGAAAUUCAAGUGACACGAGUGGUGAGUCCAGACAUUCACAUUAGCCAAACCCUUGGCUCCACAUCUCCAAUGACAUCGCGACACAGAGUAACACGCUACAGUAACAUACAUUACUCCCAACAGUAA